AUGAACAUCGUGUUCGUAUGCACGAGCAAUACAUGCCGGUCGCCGGUCUCGGAGCACUUUGCCGUCGAGUACUUCCGCCGCAAGCUCAAGAUGUCGCGCGAGCAGCAAGAGGAGAAGAGAAUUGUCAUCCGCUCGGCGGCGUUGACGGACGUAUUUGAUCCCGAGGGCUCCCCGGCGUCUAAGUACGCAGUGGACGUGAUGAAAAAGUACGGACUGGACCUGUCAAGUCACUGCUCGAAGCUCCUGACCGAGACCAUGUGUCUCGAGGCCGACUAUGUCGUGUGUGUGGCGAGUGGACUGGUGUCGAAAGUCAUGGAAAAGUUUCCACCGGUCAAGGAGCGGGAGGGCGUCUUGAGUGCUUUCACGUGGGACGUGCCGGAUCCGUGGCACAUGUCCUAUGACACGUACAUGGAGAGUGUGGCACAGGUGGAGGAGAUGACACGGGACUUUCUUGAUAAGCACGUGACGUGGUGA